AUGAGACAGCAAGAUCUGAUGCAAUCCGCGGAAGCGAGAUGUAUUUUCACUCAAAGGAACAUGAUAACCCACUUUAUUCAAUUUGUUCGGGACUGAAGUUCUUCCGGUUUCGAGGCUUUAAAUCUGAGGACCACAGAGUUUCUCGUCCAUUUGCCUGGAGUCUCGAUAAAGUUUCGGAAGUGUGGCUCUGCCAGAAUACGCGGUGUCCGAGUGAACUGAUAAUCCCACCCAAUCAGUUAAGUUCAAAAGUACCUUUGUGCAAAGAAGCUAGUGAUCAGAAAGCCGUGCGACGGCUUUCUGUGUCCGAUUUAGGAACCACUCGCCCCACCGUAGCUGCAUCCUCCGUCGAGCCUCCGUUGAGUGCAAAUAUCCCGGCCUUCCGUCACCAAAAGGCCAUCGUGGACGGUAUCGUGCCCGAGCGACAUUCCGGCGGCAAUCAUCACGUGGACAUCGACGUCGGAGAAUCGCCCUCCGUGCGGUUUCGCCCUGCUAGGUGGCUAGAUCAGCAUCAGCAGUGAGCAUCGUCGAGUUUCAACCGUUUUCCCUCCACGCCGUCCGAUCAUCUACCAACAGCAUGAGGUAGCCGAUCACCAAAGCCAGCAAAGUCGAUCGCAAAAUCUAACAGGCCUGUAAGUACAAAGAGCUCAUUUUUUCCUCCCGUCCGUGUGCACAUGUGACAACGAUCCGAGAUCGUUAAUGAAAGGCCCAUCUCGAUAGAUGCCGGCCCCCAAAAAUUAGCAAUUUGCAAGCGCUAUUGUUCCGAGAGAUAACGAAAAGGUGGAUGGUGUAGAGAGUAAAGACACGCACAUGUAGAUAGGAUAGGUGAAAGCAAAUGAUCUGAAAUAAUGUAGAAUACAUUUUGUUAAACCAUGAAUAAACCUUUAGUAGAUUCUUUUAAUAAAUUGGUUUAGAUCUCUAACAAUUUGGUUUAGAUCCCUAUCUUCUUGAUUCACGGUGGUGUUGGCAUGGUGAAAGAUUUCAGAACGCGCGCAUAAUUUUUGAAUUUAAAAACCGCCUGGCGGUGUGAAUAGAGUUGUGAAGGCGAACCGGUUCCAUGACAGUGUCGACCUCUGGUGUAAAUGGUGGGUAGCCUCCAGUGAUGAUAAACGAAAGCUUUUAUGGUAAGUUUCAGGACUGUUCAUUUAGGGUGAUUUGGGGUGCUAUGUUCUUUUGAGCGAAAUGCAAAAACUGUAAGACUGAUGUGGAAAAAUUCGGGGACUGCAAGAUCGUUUCUCAACCUUUUCCAAGGAACAACUUAGGCCUAAAUAGUGAUAGGUCUCAUGCCGGGCAACUACACAACGAUGAAUGGUCCUCAUUAGAGGUGGCGCUUAAGCCAUUCGUUUAAAAUUGAGUACGUAGCGGU